AUGUCAUCAGCCUCGUUCGAGCAUCAACCAGCCAACACAGUCACCAACUCAUCCACUCCCUGCCCCGGCAACCCAAUUAUUUCACUCAUCCAUUCUUCCAUUCACUUUCCAGUCAAUCCGCUCAACCGCCCAGUACCCCGCCCGUUUACUCAUUCAUCCAUAACUGCGCCUGCUCUCUCACCACAACACCUAGCUACCAUCGAUCCAUCCACUUCCCAUCCUCCAUCCAGAAAUUAUUCUUUUCUUCGUCCACUCACUUCAAUAUCCGUCGGCCAACUCACUUAUCAGUCAGUUUGCUCAACCACCUACUUAAGCCUAUCCAUCUACUCAACCCACUUCUAUGCAUACUCAUCCAGAUUAUCCUCUCUUCUUUGUGCCUUGCCAACCAAAGAUACGAUUCGCGAGGACAAGUGCGGCUACGAGGAGAUAAUGCCACAGCCUGAGCCACUCGAGGUUAGACCAUCACCUGCUAUCCCCGAUAAUUUGACCGCACCUAUCUUCUUCGAUCAGGCCGCCAGAGAUCGCCGUAUCAUCGCCGGAGGUAAGACUGAAUUCGACUUUGGUAUCACCUUAGCUUUGCUGACGACAAGUGGGAUCUUGUCAAAAGUCUCCAAAAAAUCAGACUAUUCGCUCAGUUAG